CAGGACGCGCAGGAGUUCCUCAAGUUCUUCAUGGACCGGCUGCACGCCGAGAUCAACCGCAAGGGCCGCCGCACGCCCAGCAUCCUCGCGGACACGCGCCGCGCCCCCGCGCCCGAGGACGCCGACACGCUGAGCGACGACGAGCGCGCCAACCUGAUGUGGAAGCGCUACCUGGAGAGGGAGGACAGCAAGAUCGUGGACCUCUUCGUGGGGCAGCUGAAGAGCUGCCUCAAGUGCCAGGCGUGCGGCUACCGCUCCACCACCUUCGAGGUCUUCUGCGACCUCUCCCUGCCCAUCCCCAAGAAGAGCUUCGCGGGCGGGAAGGUUUCGCUGCACGACUGCUUCAGCCUCUUCACCAAGGAGGAGGAGCUGGACUCGGAGAACGCGCCCGUGUGCGACAAGUGCCGGCAGCGGACGCGCAGCACCAAGAAGCUCACCAUCCAGCGCUUCCCCCGCGUGCUGGUGCUGCACCUCAACCGCUUCUCCACCACGCGCUACUCCAUCAAGAAGUGCUCCGUCUUCGUCGACUUCCCCCUGCAGCAGCUCAACCUGCGCGAGUUCGCCAGCGAGAAGGCGGGUAAGGGAAGGGGGG